CACUAUUAACAGUCUCUUCUGUGUCCUUCCAGAAACCGUCUAAGUAAAUGACAUCUGUUUUUAUAAUUCCUUAGAAUGCUGUGCACAUUGGUGUGUCCCAUUUUGCACUUAACUACCUUAGAGGUCGUCUCAUAUCCAUUUAUUUACAAUUGCCUCGUUAUUUUAAAAGGUUUCAUAAUCAUAAACAUACCAUAUUUUGCCCAUUGUCAUAACAGUACUUCAAUGAAUAUAUUUUUGCACAUAUGUCAUUACAUAUCUCUGGGAUAAAUUCAUAGUAGAGUUAAUAGGACAGGAUAUUACAUUUUUUAAUUUUGAUAAGUAACCAAUUUGCCCUUUAUAAAAUUUGCAGGAUAUGUGUCUCCAGUUUUUUCUUCACACAACAUAUAUGUUAUCUAUCUUUAUGAUUAUUCUGUUCCCAAGGCCCUUUCUUACUCUCAAAUGAAUUUCCUCUGCCAUUGUGGGAAGGAGUAGGUAAGGUCCAACUGUUUUUCAGGUUUUUCUAUUAAAAAUCUUUUCUUUUUCAACGCCCUUGCAGACCAAGGGCUGUUUCGUCGGCCUGGUCAGAAAAUCUUGAGCACAUUUAACAGAGAUCACAUUUGUUGACUCUAGUCCUGAAUUUGAAUUGAGAAAAGGAAUAGGUGAAUUUUCAGCAUACAAGUUGGCAUCUACCUUGUGACAGGAUAUUUAAGGGUGUUCACAUGGUCAUAUUAUCAAUGAGCAGGAAGUCCUCCGUCUCUUUUCUGUGCUCUGGAAGGGUUUUUAUAACAUGGUAAAUACUUCGCUCAUGGAAAUUUUAUGGGAAGUUGCUCCUUCGGUCAUUUCAUCUUUUUAAAUUUCUUCCCUGGAUUUUCCUCUGCUUCCUGAGUCAGGUUUACCAAAUAUUUAUAUUUUCUUAGCAAAAUUGUUGCUUCCUUAUCAAACUUUUUAAGCCUUACAGUUCUUAAGUAUAAUUUUUACCUACUGGUGCUUUAUGCUUCAAACACAUGCCUAGUGGGAAGAAAAAUUAAUGCGAUUAGAGAAGUAUGUAUACAAAGUCAAAGUUGUCCCUGUUUCCCAAUUUUAUUGUCAGGUUAGAAGAUCCCGUCCCUGCUCCAGGAUUAUAAAAAUUAAUCUUUUAUUUAUUUUGAUCUUAGUUUUAGCAUUUUCAUAUAUGGUGUGACCUCUUUCCCCAAGUGAAUGAUUGGCUAGAUCUCCUGUUACCAUUAUUAUUUAUUGAAGUAAUCUAUAUGCAUUCCUUACUAUUUUUUAAUGCCACUUUCAUAGAGUUCUACAUACUCAAUUGUGUACAUACAGUAAACUUAUAUUACAAUUCUUAAAUGAAUCAGUCUUCUUGUCUUUUUUGGUCCUUUUUUAGGUGGUUGGUUUAUUGCUUUGGCUUUGAUGGUAUAAACAAGAACAUCAUUUGUUACUUUUUUGUCGUCUUUCUGCCUUUAGGCAUCAUACUAGAAAAGAACUUUCUUAACCCUGAGAUUAUAUUAAGAUACUUCUUUUUUGUGUGUGGUUUGUUGGCCUUUUGAUGUAUGAACUUUCAAAAUAUUGAUCCAAGUGAAAUUCUUCCAGGUCAACUUUAGAACCAUUGUGAAGUUCCCCAACAUUUAUAUUCUUUGAAAUUCCGCUAGGUAGUAUAGGGGGUAUUUAGAGCUUUCAUAUGCUAGAUCCGUAUAUUUUCCAUGAUUAUCCUGUGUCUCUCUGGUUAUUGCCUUUUCUAUUGCCAUAUAAUGUAUAAGUUUGUUCCUAUGGGUGCUGUCUUCUUCUGUUAAAUCUUUUGUAUUUUUACAAUGGAGUUCUUCCCAUUUUUUCAAAUUGGUUAUUGUCGGUCCAUAUUUAGGGAGUCUGUUAUAAAUGGGUUUCUUACUAAAUUAUUAUUACUAUUAUAAGGUCUGUUUCCACUGAUUUGCAAUAUCUGAGUGGACGGUCUUACAUAAGAGAGUGAUAAUUUUAUAUCUUUCUUUGUUCAUGCCCCAGAUUUUCUUGUAAUUGGCUGAAACUCUGUAGAAUGAUGUUCAUUAGCCAUAGUGUUAAGACUGUUAUGUCUGCUUUUAUAAGUGAGUUUGGUCUGCAGUUUGCUAGUGCUCUCUUUGUCUUAGAUGUUUUAAUUAUUCUGGUUUCAUAAAGAAAAUUUGAAAGCUUUCUGCUUCUUGUCUCUGGUUGGUCUAUAUGACAUGGGAAUGGGCCUUUUCUUGAAUAUGGUAUAUAAGGCCUCACUCCCAAUGCUAUCUUGGUCCACAGCCAUUUGGAGAGUGAAUUCUCUGACACUCUUUACAUUUCUUCCAUGUUUACUUGUCCAUGUAUUUCUUUAAAAUGUCUGCAGGUCCCUGGCAUUUUGACUCUGUUCCUGUGGAUAAGAACACUUGUUCUGAAGUUCCAGAAAGGAUCCUAUUCCCAAACAGACAUUAAAAAAAAAUUCUUUUUAACUUACUGGUUUUUCCUUUUAAAACAAAAAGAAUUUUUGCUGCAUGUGGUUUUGUUCUUCUCUGGAAGUAAAGCCAGAAGUACAAAACUGUCAGGUCCCUGAGUACUGACUGUCCCAGGCUGCCGCGUCUUUCCUGUUGACUCAUGUUGGGUUCCUCCAGUGAAAAUUUUCCUUAGAGAGAUGCUGCCUCCAAAGUACUUGUCUGCCACCAAACCCAAGAGGUCUUGGGCCCCAAAUCUGUGUGAGCUAGACAGUGACUUGUCUCAGGAGCCGGAUGCCGCCAUAGGAGAAGCCGCCACUGACUCUGAAUUCUUUCAUCAGAGGUUUCGGAACUUCCUCUACGUGGAAUUUGUCGGGCCUCGGAAGACCCUGCUCAAACUCCGAAACCUCUGCCUCGAUUGGUUGCAGCCGGAGACUCGCACCAAGGAGGAGAUUAUCGAGCUCUUGGUCCUCGAGCAGUACCUGACCAUCCUUCCAGAAAAGAUCAAGCCUUGGGUGCGUGCAAAAAAGCCAGAGAACUGCGAGAAGCUCGUUACUCUGCUGGAAAAUUACAAGGAGAUGUACGAACCGGAAGACGACACCAGCAGUGACGCCCACAGCGAAGGCAGCAUGAGCCGGAAGGCAGCAGAGGCCCCGCCGCCACACUCCGCCUGCUGCAGUGACCGGGACUGGGACCGGGACUGGGACCGAGACUGGGACCGAGACUGGGAGCGAGCCCACGAGCGGGAGCACCGGAAGGGCAGAGGCAGGGACCUGGAGUCCCGGGCCCGCUGGCCGUACGCCCGGAGCCCCAGGAGCAGGUUUCAUCAGCGGGAUCUUUCCCUUCCUCUGAUGGAGAAAGUGGCUUUUGCAAAGGAAAGAGAGCACAAACGUCGGGACUCUGUGAUGGAUUACGAGACAAGAUCACAGGAUGCGGUGUCGUACCAGGAUAUGGUGGCCCUCACCGAGGACCGGAAGCCCCAGAACCCGGUUCAGGACAACAUGGAGAACUACCGGAAGCUGCUCUCGCUGGGGGUUCAGCUUGCCGAGGACGACGGCCACUCGCACAUGACCCAGGGCCACUCGUCACGGUCAAAGAGAAGUGCCUACCCGAGCACCAGUCGAGGUCUGAAAACUAUGCCUGAAACCAAAAAGUCAGCCCAUCGGCGGGGGAUCUGUGAAGAUGAAUCUUCCCACGGGGUGAUAAUGGAAAAGUUCAUCAAGGACGUUUCGCGCAACUCCAAGUCGGGAAGGGCAAGGGAACCUAGCGAUCGGCUGCAGAGGUUCCCCAGGAGGCCAGACAGUGACUGGAAGGAAGUUCCAUUCAACAAGAGGGAGUCGGUGAUUCAGGAGAGGGGCCAUGAAGGGAAUGCCUUUGGGGGAGGAGGCUUUAAUUUGAACUCAAACCUUGUUUCCAGAAAGAGAGUUCUUGAGAGAAAAAGGCGCUAUCAUUUUGACACAGAUGGGAAGGGCUCCAUGCACGGUCGGAGAGGUGGUGCAAGGAAGCGGCCCUUUGAGCGCAGCGAGGUGAGGAAGGCCGCUAGCGGGAGCAGCCUUAGCGCGCCGCCCGUCCCCCAGUUGCAGCCCUUCGACUUUGGGGCGACGCCCUAUGUGUGUGAUGAGUGCGGGAGGUCCUUCAGCGUGAUUUCGGGGUUUGUGGAGCAUCAGAUCACGCACACCAGGGAGAAUCUGUAUGAGUACGGCGAGUCCUUUCUUCAUAGUGUGGCCGUCAGUGAGGUUCAGAAAAGGCAGGCCGGAGGGAAACGCUUUGAAUGUAAGGAGUGUGGGGAACCCUUCAAUAAGAGCGCCGCCCUGGCCGAGCAUCGGAAAAUUCACGCUAGAGAUUGCCUUGCGGGGUGUAAGGACGAGGAGUACGAGGAGCCCUUCAUGCCCAGCCCAACCUUCAGGGAGCUCCAGAAGAUAUACGGGAAGGACAAAUUCUAUGAAUGCAGGGUGUGCAAGGAAACCUUCCUUCAUAGUUCUGCCCUGAUCGAGCACCAGAAAACCCAUGGCCGAGAUGACAAAGGUAGUGAGCGUGGGGAAGCCUUCAAACCCAGCCCAGCGCUUAACGAGCUUCAGAAGAUGUAUGGGAAAGAGAAAAUGUACGAGUGCAAGGUGUGCGGGGAGACCUUUCAUCACAGCGCAUCCCUGAAAGAGCACCACAAGAUCCACACCCGAGGAAACCCAUUUGAAAACAAGGGCAAAGUGUGUGAGGAAACCUUCAUUCCUGGUCAGUCCCUUAAAAGACGCCAGAAAACCUACCCAACGGAGAAGGCCUACGACUUCCAAGAUGGUGGGGAUGCCUUUAGGCAAAACUCAGACCUCAUCGAGCAUCAGAAAAUUCAUUCUCGGAAGAACCUCUUUGAAGGCCGGGGGUACGAGAAGUCUGUCAUUCACAGUGUGUCCUUCCCCGAAUCUCAGAAGAGUCACACUAUAACAAGGCCACCUGAGGACGAGGAAGACGAGAAGGCAUUCACUGUCAGCUCCAAUCCUGAUGACAGCCGGGAAGCCCUGUCCUACGAGAGGAACCCCUAUGAGAGGUCUUUGAUUCACAGCUCAGCCUUCCCUGGGGCUCACAGAAGUCACAGCAAACCGAGAGUGAUAGCAGAGGCGACCGUUCAGAGCUCGGGUGCCACUGAACACUGGAAAGUCCAUGCUGGGGAGAGUACCUCUGAAAGAAAGGGGUAUGAGAGGUCCGUCAUCCACAGCCUAGCUGCUUUCAGGCCUCCCCGCGGUCGCGGUGGAAAUGAGCUCCUUGGCUGUGACGAGCAGCAGGAGUCCUCCGCUUACCUCUCAGACCCUUGUGGCCAGCCGCAGAAGACCCUUGCCCUAGAGAGCCCCUAUGCAGGGGGUAAGAACAACAUCUUCAAGGGCUCUUUUGUGCACGGUGCAUCCCACACCGUAACUCAGGACAGUCUCGCUGGGGAGGGCCCCAGUGGAUGGAAGAAGGAUGGUGAACCAUCUGUUCCCAAGUCAGAUGUGCGCGAGCAUCAGAAGGCUCGUGCUAAGAAGAAGAACAUCGAGCGUAGGAUUUAUGAGACCUCUGUAAUCCACCCCCUGCGUUUUGGUGAACCUCAAACGUUUCACCCGAGAGAGAAGUUUUACGAAUGUCCGGAGUGUGGAGAGUCCUUUGUUCAUAGCUCCGACCUCACUGAGCAUCAGAAGAUCCACGAUAGAAAGAAGCCCUCUGGAAGUGAAAACUACAUACGGUCUGUCAUUCGCAGCAUAGCCUCCACGGAUCCUCAGACCAGUUAUGCGGGCCAGUCAGCACAGAUGAGUUACGCUGAAGAGCCAGCUCAGACCAGUUAUGCUGAAGAGCCAGCUCAGACCAGUUACGCUGAACCACCAGCUCAGACCAGUUACGCUGAGCCACCAGCUCAAACCAGUUACGCUGAACCACCAGCUCAGACCAGUUACGCUGAACCACCAGCUCAGACCAGUUACGCUGAACCACCAGCUCAGACCAGUUACCCUGAACCACCAGCUCAGACCAGUUACGCUGAACCACCAGCUCAGACCAGUUACGCUGAACCACCAGCUCAGAUCAGUUACGCUGAACAGCCAGUCCGCAAUGAAUGUAAGGAGUGUGGGGAGUGUUUUGCCACUGUUGAAGACCUUGGCAUACAUCAGAAAAUCUAUGCCCGAGAGAAAUUCCAUGGUGGGGAGCUGUUUGGAGACUCUGUGAUUCAGGGUGUGGGCCUUGAUGGACCUCGGCAGGAAGAGCCUCGGCAGGAAGGGCCAGACGAGCCAGACGAGCCUGAAGACACCAUCUAUGGGUGUAAGGACUGUGGGCUGGGCUUCGUGGAUCGCACAGACCUCAAGGACCAUCAGAAGGUGCACGGCAGAGAGUACCUCGUCGACAGCCGCGAGUACGCGCAUUCUGUGACGCACACCCCUUCUGUCAGCGAGUAUCAGAAAGAUUACAUUGGAGAGCAGCUUUACGAGUGCCCGGCAUGUGGGGAAUCCUUCGUUCAUAGCUCAUUCCUUUUCGAGCAUCAGAAGAUCCAUGAGCAAGACCAGUUUUACGGCCACAGGAGGUAUGAUGAACCCUUUAUGCAGCCCUUGGUCAUUAGCCCGCAGCGGCCUCAGGCCCCACAGAAGAGUCCUCCUGCUGGGACGUCCCUGCAAUGCCAAGUGUGCGGACAAGACUUCAUCCACGGCUCUGUCCUUAACGAACACAUGAGAGUCCACGCUGGAGACAGCCUGCUGGAGCAGGGCCAGGGAAGCACAGAUGCGGUCAGCCCAGGCUCGGCCCCCACAGACCUUCAGAGAGACCAGGCCAAGGACAAGCACUAUGAGUGCGCGACCUGUGGAGAAUCCUUCCCCAGCCAGGCCGACCUCCGGGAGCACAUGAGGAUUCACGAGAAGGACAAGCCCUACGACUAUGGGGCCACCUUCGUCCAUACCUCCUUCCUCACCGAGCCCCCCAAGAGAGAUUCACCCUUCUAUGAGUGCAAGGACUGUGGCAAGUCCUUCAUCCACAACACAGUCCUCACGAAGCAUCAGAAGCUGCACCUCGAGGAAGAGGAAGCAGCAGCAGCCGCCCAGGAAGUUGAAGCCAACGUCCUCGUUCCACGGGAAGUUCUGCGGAUCCAGGGAUCAAAUGUGGAGGCCGCAGAGCCGGAGGUGGAGGCCGCAGAGCCGGAGGUGGAGGCUGCCGAGCCCAACGUGGAGGCCGCCGAGCCCAACGGGGAGGCCGAGGGGCCGGAGGGGGAGGCCGCCGAGCCCAACGGGGAGGCCGAACAGCCCAACGGGGAGGCCGAACAGCCCAACGGGGAUGCUGAUGAACCAGACGGGGCAGGGAUCGAAGACCCAGAGGAAAGAGCCGAAGAGCCAGAGGGAGAUGCGGAUGAGCCGGACGGUGCAGGGAUCGAGGACCCAGAAGAGGAAGGUGACGACCAGGAGAUCCAAGUGGAAGAGCCCUACUACGACUGCAGGGAGUGUGGCGAGACCUUCACCUCCAACUCGGCCUAUGGUGAGCACCUGAAAACCCAUGCCAGGGUGAUAAUAUUCGAGCCUGGAAGCGUCUACGGGGAAAGCUCCCACUACACCGAGCACGCCAGCACCAGCAGCAAUGACAGCGGCAGGGCUGAUGACAAGUACUUCAAGUGUGACGUCUGUGGGCAGGUGUUCACUGACCGCCUGUCCCUGGCCAGGCACCAGAACACCCACACCGGCUGAGGACUCGGGUGUCAAGGUUGGAAAACCUUCACUAGGACUGGACCCUUACUAAACUACAGAUAAUUGGAACCAACCCACGAUGAUGUCGGAAGGAGGCUUCCCUUGGCGUAUACACACCUGACUUUGAACAUCAGACAACUCAGCCUGGAAAGAAACUGAAGGUGGAGACUCCUUCGGACUUAGCUCUUCCCCAUCAAACAUCGGCGUAUGCAUGUGGGAAAGCCAUAGCACACGUCUUACCUUCCACCCGAGUAACUGCAUUGAUGGAAAGCUGGAGGGGUUUUCAAGGCUACAGAAAUGGCCCACAUCUGUAAAUGACACUCCUGGAACCUAUAUAUAAUGAAUGUUUCCUGAGAUGUAUAUAGAAUAGCAAAUCAUAGCAAACAGUACUCAUAUUGGGACUUAAUAUGGUAUCCAGUUACAGUUCACUUGCAGAGGUACCUUCCUUACCUGGUACUCUUUGAUUUUUUUUUCUUUUUUUUUUUUUUUUUGGAGGAGGAAGAGAGCAACAAAUUAGAAUAUAUUUGUAAGCAUCUUAGAUCCUUAGAAAGAUUUAUUGUGCGUUAUUUGAAUCCUAUCCAUAUUUUUUUGAGUAAUUGACUGUGUUGUUCCUUACUCUUGAAUAUUCCCGUAAAGGUGUAGGCAUGAAAGAUAAAAUGUCUUUUCCGCUUUGCUGUUUGAAAGGGGAAGUACUUGGAGCUUCCUUUUCAGCCAUUUCGUCUACACUAACACUUUGGAACCUAAUGCUGUGUAAGCCUUUACGAUACGUGGAUUGGCCUUUUGUAACCCCAAAUUGAUUGGUUGCCACCUUGUACUUUGCAGUGGUUCUCAUGCAAAAAAUAGUUCCAAGUUUUGUUAUUUGUUUUUAAACCAACUUGAUGUCUGUAGGAUAGUGAAUUCACAAAAGCUGAAGCUUCUCCCUGUGCAUCUUGCGUCUUUGCCUUUCAAGAGUGGUUGCAGCCAUCCCUAGAUCGCGCGCGUGCCUGAUGAGGUUGAGAACCGUGGGGGCUCUCGUGUAAGUUAGGACGGGGCUGCUGCCUCAUCACUCCCUUUGCGCGCUCCCUGCCUUAAGCGACAAGUAGCAACGGGGCUUCGUCCGCGUGUGCCGCUACAACUCAGUUUUUGCACCCUGGGCGCCCAGGGGCGAGUAUCCUUAGAGCUUUCUAGCGUGAAACUUAAUUCUCGUCUUUACCUGUCUGACCCUAAACCCCGUGUCUAACUUGCAUUGAAAAAAAAAAGCUUUCUUUACAGUCAACUCGAGCUUAACGUGGACUCAGGUUCCCUAGCAGCCUUAAUUUGUUUCGUUGCCAUCUGUCCCUUCCUCUUAAAGAGUGCCCCCCUAAAUAAGCAGUUGUCACCUAUCCUUUAGAGCGUCACGUCUGUCUAGUCGCCUCGGUUGCCCAUGUGAUCACAAGUCGACCUCGUAGCUCGAGGUUUCCUGUGUCCUGUUCUGUGGACCACCUGUGCUCCCUUUGCUUCCCCACCCCUUGCGUAAUGACUAUUAAGAACUCUUUUUGGCUUUGAGUUGGCUGGAAAAAAAAAAAAAUUAAAAUUAAAAAAAAAUUUUAAAGAGGAUCUGGUAGAUUAAGGGAGCAGAAGAUAAGAGCUAGAUUAUUUGGGCGAGCAAAGUUAAAGUACCUGCUGGGGAAAUGUGUUUAAAUCUCCCUCUCCUAGGUCCGCACGGUUAGGGCUCGGGGAGAGCAUAUCGCAGCUGGAAGGAAUGCCAAAGUCGAAGGAGGUUGGUAGGGUGAGAGCAGGAAGCAGAAAAGAGUAAGCCAAAGAAGGGGGAGUCCUGAUAACGUCUCCAGACCUCGGAGGGUGAGGAAGCAGUUGGAAGCAACAUCAGGAGCGGGGAUGGGAAGGCCAGGAUGGGAAGAAUGAAUGAGCAGGGUAUCCUGGGCCUCUGAGAAGAAGGGGCCGUUUUGAUGGCAUGGUGUAGGCGAGGGCCAGCUGCAUGUGAAGACCCGAGGUUGGACACCUGAGAGAGCUGAGGGACAGUGAGGCACGGCCUCAGAGGAGGACCCUGAGGUGGGGGCCGGCAUCAGCAUCGGUGGGGUGAACCUGUGUUCACCACUGUUGGCAGUAUUAACUGGUAGAACCCUUCAGAAAGCCACUUGCCAAAUGUCAGGGUGUCCGUUCCAGCCUUUGCUUAGUGAAACAUUAGGAACAACUUAAUGCCAAAAAUAGGAGGACAAUUAAGGGAACUUGUCGGUGGACUCCUAAUGCAGCUGUU